GUAAACUUUUCCUUCUCUUUCUCUUUGUUACCAUAAACAGACCGACUGAAGCUAACUCUUUUCUAAUGUGGGCUCAACAAUAUGCCAUUAGGUUACAGAAAGAUAAUUGCUGGAUAUGUGGACUAUUACCCCUUUCCAGCACUUCUGGACUACCUUGGUGGGUAUCCCCAUUACAAGGAAAGGACUGGAAAAAUUUACAAUCCUUAAUGUUACAACAAAAGAAAGAAAGACCCUAUUUAAAAAAUGCCUCUCGUGCAGAUGUUAAUUUGUGGCCUAUAAAUGAAACUUUAUCACAACCUGGUCAUGGAAAGAUUUUCACUUUAAACCAGACUAACCUUCAGACGUCCUCUACUGUUAAAUCCCAUAUAGGCCCAUCUAAUUCUCUCCUUCCACUACCUGCACCAUCAAUAUGUCACAGGUAUAAAGAUGGUUAUUAUCAGAUUUGGGACGGAGAUUUAUGGCUCACUCCCACUAUUGGGCAUUUAAACCAAAAGGCCCCACUCUGUUGGGAACAGCGAAACCAUACCUAUGACACGUGGCCUAAUGCUACUCGAGAAUUAGGAUGGACUCCAGAGUCACAAUGUCAAAAAAUUAUAGUUUUACAAGCCAAUGAUUGGUUUGGAACAAAUUGGCUUUCUAGACCUAAAACUAUUUGGCCAGCACCCAAUGGGACUCAAUGGAUAUGUGGAACUAACCUAUGGUCCUGGCUUCCCCCAGGCUGGAUAGGAAGAUGUACUAUUGGGUACCCCUGGAUGCAGGGGAGAUGGACCCCAAAUAUAACACAGCCAGCAAACCUCCCCAAUCUCAAACACAGAUGGGGACGAUCUGUGUUCCGUUGGUAUGAUCAUCUAGCUUCUUUGUUUAUCCCACAAAUUGGUUUAGAAGAUGUAAUGUGGCAUGUGGAGACUUUAAACAAUUAUACUCAAACUGCCCUCCAUGAUGUUGAGGAAAGUAUCUCUCUCCUUAAUACUGAAAUAACACUUAUGAGGAAGGCCAUCUUACAAAAUUGAAUGGCUUUAGAUGUCCUCACUGCAGCCCAAGGUGGUACUUGUGCUGUUAUUAAAACUGAAUGUUGUGUUUACAUCCCUGACAAUUCUGGCAAUGUGACAAAUAUCCUUAAAGGUUUACAUACUCAGAUAGAAGCCAUGUCCUCACCAACUUUGUCAUGGGGACAAUAUCUUAGCUCCUGGUUCUCUGGUACUUCCUGGUGGAAAACAUUGUUAGUCUCUGUCUUUGGUAUCAUACUUAUUGGCAUAUUCCUGUGCUGUGGUAUUUAUUGCUGCAUCAAUAUGGUUCCAAUAUUAAUGAAUUCUUGUCUCUCUUAUAGACCGCCCAUCGCUCAAAUGGCCCUCCAGCCUAUUACUUCUCAAUCGGACUUCUAUCAUGGACCACUCGAUAGACCCAACUUUUAAAGGGGGACUCCAAACUGCUUGCCCAACAUCGUCCCUUUUGUCAGCCUGAAGAAGCCAGAACGGUCUUCGCCCCCAUUCCUUACAGCAGUAAGGAGUUCCCCAAAUUAGAGGGGGGAAUGAAGCCAGAUUUAAAAUUAGGUAGUCAGUGUAGUUAGGUAAAUCGGGUCUAAUAUCUAGUGAAAUCUAAAAUGGAGGCCAUGCAGAGAAUGACUCAGGGAGAACACAGGACAACUCAUGGAAUGUUAAUGAAGUCCCAAAAGGCCGUAGGCCAAAGUCCACCUCAAAGAAAUGUUAAUGAACAACCCCCAGCAAAAAGGUGCUGACUCAGAAGUCCUUCCUGACCAGAUUACUUCUUUGGCCCACCUGUGUCCCACCCCUCGGGCCUUCCAACCUACAUUCCAUCACCAAACCUAUAAAAAGGGAAACACUUUUGCCGCCAACUGGAUUCCACCUCUUGGGUCCCCUUCUUCCUCCGGGAGAAGUCUUUUCUGCUGUCCUUUAAUAAACUUCUUUUUUUUUUUUUAAUUAUAACGGUUUAUUGCCUUGGUUUGUAUAAAGGUGGAAUGGGGUUUUUCAACACUUACCUUUGACAUAAGCAACAUUUGGGUUUCCAGACCACUUUAGAGCUCUUUUAGGAUGCUCGUGCUGAAUUGCUUUAAACUGCUUUAUUCUCCAAGAGCCUCAGAGAAGUUGGAAGAGAAUGAACCUUCCUGCACACAGGAGAUACUAAUCACAUUGCUUUGGGAGGUUUCUCCCCACUUUGGUGAACUGAGCCAGUUUAUCCAGAACCUACGAGCUUAAUAACAUGUUUGUAUUUAUUUUUCUUAUAGAUCUCCUUUUCCCCAUUGAUAUUACCUCGGUCAAGAGAGAUCAUGAUUUUUUGGACAGAGAUGCCAUUGAGGCCCUAUGCAGCUGCUCUCUGGUGUUAUUCUGCAACAUCGGGGAAGCAAGGACUCGUCACCGGUCAACAGCGGUGCCGGCUGCCCAGGGCGCUGACCUUCGCUGCUGAAGCUGUAGCUGAGGCUGCAGCCGCCAAGUUCCCGUGUUAGAACUCCUCCAGUUAGCAACUCCUCCAGCUCCACUCCUCCCGCUCCUCCUCCACUCCUCCACCUCCUUCUCCUCCUCCUCCCCUCCUCCCCUCCUCCUCUUCCUCCUCUUCCUGCUCCACCCUCCCCCUCCUCCUCCUCAUCUCAGCCUUUGCCGAGAGAGUAGGACCGCUGGAGCUCUGGAGCAGAGGAGGGGGCUCAGGAGCAAGGCCGUCCCUCCCUCCUCCUCCCCAGCAGUGACCGCUGCCAAGUCCUGUCACUGGGGAAAGGACGGGGCGGAGGAGGGGGCAAAGGUGGACUGAGAAAAAAAGUAUGGGUGGAGGGCAUAGGAGGUGGACAGGUGGGGCAAUUCUCCCUGGGCCAUGGAAGUUUUUCAGUAUCUCUCCACCAAAUUAAAAGUAAUAAAAAUUUAAAAAAUAAAUAUAAAAAACUCAUAAGGAGAAAAAGAACUUCUGAAGCCAUCAACAUUUUUCUUUUUCUUUAGUCUCCACCUUAGAACCUAAAAUAUUUUAUGCUGCUAUUAUCAUCCAAUCAUGGUUCUGCAGGCUUAUGGGGGAAAGGCAUUUUCAAUUUUUUAAAAAUCUUUCUGGAUUAUUUGCACUUAUUCUUUUAUUAAUUAUGAUUUCUUUCUAUUCUGUCCUAAACAUGAUUUUAAUAUUGUAAAUUUUCAUUAUGUGUCUCAACAAAUCAUUUUUUCCUCCAUUAAAAUCAUUAGUAUUCAUUCAACGAAUUCUUUUUUGUUAUUUAAAAAAAAUAUAUUUCCCAUGAACUGAAAGCAUCUCCUGUUAAUACUCUAACCUGAGAACAUAGUGACCUAAGAAAAGAAAAAAAAAAAGACUUUUGUAAGGAAACUCAAAUAAAAACUAUUUAAUUCAAUAAUAGUUUUCAUCUACCUAUACUUGGAAACUAAUCUUUAAGAAGUCAAAAUGAGAAACUUUGUAUUAAGGACUAUCUAAUUUAAGAUCUUGGAUCUGCUGACAAUGGUGUCAAAAUGUGAAAAGAAGCACACCUAAAACUGCUGAGUCCAGCAAUUAAAAACAUGAGAGGAUAGCAGGCCCUCAAUAUCAAAGAUAAAAGGGGUCAGAAUCUUCUGGUAGAGUGCUUUUCUAUUAUGUGUGAGGUACUGGUUGAACACUCAGCAGCACAUUAAAAAAACAAAGAAACAAACUAAUAAUGAUAUUAUAUCCAUCUAC